AUGGCUAUCACCCGUCUCUUGUUCGCUACCUCCUUGCUUCUUUGUUCACUGCUUGUCAUUGCUUCUGCCAACGACUAUAGUUAUGAUUCAUCCAAAAACCAACCAUAUGAUUAUGUUAGAAAACCACAAGGAGAAGAAAAGCCUGAUCAACAGGGCACGGAGCUUCCGGACAUCUAUCCACCAAAGCCUGAAGUUCUCCCAGUUGGUGUUGAAGGGCUUGUUUUAUGUAAAUCAGGUCCUAAGUAUUAUCCAAUUCAAGGAGCUUUGGCAAGGAUAACCUGUCUAGCUGUUGACGACAAUGGGUACGAGAAACCUCACUCCGUUUGCAGCGGAGAAACUGAUGCAAAGGGUUACUUCUUUGCAACAUUGUCUCCCUUAGGCCUUGACAACGACCAGUUCACCAAGUUCACGGAGUGCAAGGCAUUUCUUGAAAGCUCUCCAUUGGAGACCUGUAACGUUCCGGUGGAUGUCAACAAAGGGAUUAGUGGCGCUACUCUUUCUGAUUUCCGUGUUCUAAGUCAGAAGAGGAUGAAACUUUACUCCGUUGGACCUUUCUUCUUCACCUCUGAACCUAACUCAGUCUCUAAUGGCUACUAAACAGCUUAAUUUUUUUUCACCCAUUUUGUUAUUGAAGAAGUCAAGUAUUGGGUUGAUUCUUUUACGUCUUUAUUAUUAUUUUCUCUCUUCAUUUGAUUUGUUCUUGUUGUGUAACCAUGAUUUAGUUGGUGGGCUAAUCACCAGAAACGAGCAAAGAGCUUUGCUCUGUUAAUAAUUUCAGAAUGUGCUUUUAAUUUUUGCACACUAAUGUUUAAUGUUUUAUUUCCCUCUUUUCCUAAAAAACAACUUGCAUUUCGUAAGUAUAAUAAUGUUCUUCAGUAUCAAUAAUCAUUUGUCACCUAUG